UCUUUGCAAAUCUGAUGCCAGAUCACUAUCUUGAAUACUGUGUAGAGAUCACUGUAACCAUGCUGAAAGAAGUAUUUGUGCUUGGAUGCCUCCUGAGCCUCGCUCUGGCUCAACCUUUGGGCAUGGAGCACAAACGACUUGCUCGGUCAAGGUCUGACUCUGACUCUAACUCGGAUUCCAAUGAGGGUACCGCAACAACAAAUAACCAGGCUGCUUUGCAACAGUUGCUUCAAUUCUUAAUUACCCAGCUCAUAAACCAACAGACCACUACUGCAGCUACAACUACUACAGCAGCUACUACAACUACUACAGCAGCUCCGACUACUCCUGCACCUUUCAUUAUCAUUGCAUUAUUUCAACCCCGGCUCUUUGCAAAUCUGAUGCCAGAUCACUAUCUUGAAUACUGUGUAGAGAUCACUGUAACCAUGCUGAAAGAAGUAUUUGUGCUUGGAUGCCUCCUGAGCCUCGCUCUGGCUCAACCUUUGGGCAUGGAGCACAAACGACUUGCUCGGUCAAGGUCUGACUCUGACUCUAACUCGGAUUCCAAUGAGGGUACCGCAACAACAAAUAACCAGGCUGCUUUGCAACAGUUGCUUCAAUUCUUAAUUACCCAGCUCAUAAACCAACAGACCACUACUGCAGCUACAACUACUACAGCAGCUACUACAACUACUACAGCAGCUCCGACUACUCCUGCACCUUAUCUGCUGAAUAAACUUCAUUAA